UUGGACUUACUUCUUCUUCACAACCCACAACCUUCUGCGUAUCCUGCGAAUGUCAAACCUUGCGAUAACCUCCCCAUCUUGAUAUCCCCGCUACAACCACUAUCUCACCUUUCACUUGAACACACUGUCACUUAUUGGACCUUGGACUGCGUUUAUCCAUUACGCGACACCGAUCGGAAUAUUCCACCUGUCUUUCCUUCCACAUUCUAAUUUUCCGUACUCAGCGUAUAGCUAAAUGGUCUACGUCGCCCAACAAGAAUGCGCGGGCCUUUACAAGGAUUGGGCGCCUCCUCCAGACGAGCGAUAUCGUCCGAAGAAUAAAAACGAGGCAUGGACGAACAUAAAGAUGCAUCAAUUCCUCGCUCAAUCCUACAGUCGGGCUAGAGAAUACCAGGAGCUAUAUGGUGUUGACGACGACGACGACGAAAGUGAAGAGGAUCCCGGCUCUCCUAGUUUCAAUGAUUCUCAGAAGGAGGUCGAAAGGUACCUCGAAUUCAUCAACGCUUUGCCAGCCCGACCGCCGCAUUUAACAUUGAAUAGUCAAUCUACACCAUCGAAACCCAAUCUCGAUGAUACUCCACAGCUUGUUCAGCAUCCAACUGCAGUAUCAUCUACCCCGACGCCUCGUAGAUGGCGUCGCUACUUGUCUUUGGAGUCGGCCAAGCCUCCAUUUCUAUCUCCAGUUAAACUCUGGAAACGUACGACCUCCCUUCCCACUUCCCUACCUCCUAUUAUCCCCUUUCCCUUUCCCUCAUUACCCACCGUACAUAUAUCACUGAAGACCCGCGCAUCAUUUGCCAGAUUCCGUCGAGCCAAGUCCGCGCCUGCUCAGCCAGUGGAAAUGGCAAAGGCGAACCCGGACCUGGAACUGAGGCGUGUUUCGUCUGCUCCCAAGCUCAAUCAAUCAACUCAUGAGGGGGAGAAGAAAGCCAGUAGCGCGUCGAAAAAGAAACGACGGGCAACUGUUGAUGAUGGUCUGACAGUCAUUGCACGUGCUCGAUUAAAGAACUUUUCUUCCGCUUCUACUUCCACCCCCACCUCAACCCCUGUGACACCCGCCCCCGAUAACUCAGCUUUUACACCCCCCUCCACCACUCCUUAUAAUGCUCGCACCGAUUCUGUAUCUCACGUAACUCCCUCAACCCCUAGGAGGAAGAGGCGUAGCAUUAUUGCGGAUGACCGUCGCCAUUCUAUCGACGAAGGUGCUCAGGGAAUCAAAUUUCCGGUUGAGCCGGUACCUCUCCGCUCCAGUGUGAUCUCACCCGUUGGCACUUCUUCCCCAACCUCCCCGACUGCUGCACUGGUCCCUUCAUCGCCCCUCGAAACCACUGCUACAUGUCCCUAUUCUAUUCGUCAACGACCGAUGCCGCCUGACGAAUGGUUUGAGUUCAAUGUUGUCAAGCCAGAGUCGAGUCCGAGUCCAAGUAACGAGAUUCAAAAGGAGAAAGUUACGCUGUAUGAUUUCUUCUACCUGGUUUUCAUUCCCAUCUUGGCUUUGAUUUCGUUCACUUUUGUGUUCGUCUUGACUGUCCCGAUGUGGUUUGUUUGGGUACCUGUGGACUGCGUUUUCAGUCUCUGCCGUCGUGUUUCUGGAGCGGUGGGCGAGGCGGGGGAUUCGCCACACUUGGGUCGCUUCGAUCUCGACUGAAGCCGAGAUCGAGGCGUAAUGUCUCUCGUAUCAUCAUUAUCGUCUGUGUUUUUUUCUUGUUUUUCUCUUUCUCGCUUCUUGCUCUGCUUAUUCGCGUUUCUUCUUCUAUUUUCUGACCUGCCGCCUCAAGGACUGCGUCUCCACAUUCCCUUAGCAAUCGCCUUCCGUUUUUCUCUGCCGUCGUCUCUCCGAGUAGCGCUUUUCUCCCUUGCUCUCUGUUGUCGUCGUGUUUCCCUUUUUUUUUCUCUGCUCUGCCUUGUCUGCGUGGCACCACAUUCCUUCUCUCAUUUCGAUUCACCCCCACCAAAUUUUCACAGUCACUCUAGCGGAGCUGAGGGGUCGUUAGGUUCCUUUCACUUCUGUAUCUGUAAGCGAUUUCCGUAUUCUUAUUCUUUUCUAAUCCUUUUGCUAUCUUAACUGCUAUCGUAUAUCUUUAUUCAAUAAUUAUGAUUAUCACAGUAAUUACUUAAUUACAAUCGAUGUACAUAGUGUCCAAUCUGAACGGAACUUGCAAUACAAACGCUUCGCG